AAGCUGGUUGGACGCUACCAUGCAAAGGAUCUGCGGCAAUAGUCCUGGCGGGAUCAGCCUUGUGGGGUUUACCCCAAGUCUGAUGUUAGCGGGGGGGUGUUGUAGUGGGGUUUAAAACCGCAGACCCUGUGCUUACUAGUGCCACCUAGCGGGCGGUACGGGUGGUAAAUUGGCAACAUUAGACGUAGGGAUUAGGCAGGACUGCAUUUGCUUUAGCGUUUUAGGAGUAGCAGAAGUCUAGCCCUGGCAGUAAGCCAUCUUGUAGAAACUGAGAUCGAGAAUCUCGUGCUUUCUUUUGGAAUCAGACUCUGGACCGGCACGGAUGUACGUCAGAUCCAGAUCCAUCCACAAAUUUCUGGUUGAAGCUAUCGCCGAGUAACCCCAGCUUUGGAGCCGAAGGAGGCGAGCAUAGGAACGCUAAUUCCUGCCCCGAGAGGGCAGCUAGAUUCCCCAUACCGACCAGAACCAGAACUCCGCCAGUCAACAUUAUCUACGCCAAGCCCAUCAUCCCAGCCCAGCGCAUAUCAGCAUCAAUUGGUUUGCGGUGUUGUUUUCGUAGGGUGAUCGUCAGAUACAAGAAAAGAGAAGACAAAAGCUCGUGUCUGGUUUAGUCUGCGCGUUGCUGAUAGACAGCUAAGAACUCCGUGCGUUUAGCUCCCAAACAAAUACCCAAAAUUUAGGGAACGCCGCGAUGAUGGCAAAGGUGUCGUCCAUGCCAAGUGUCAUCAAAACCACAUGAAGUCUUUAGUUAAUCUAAAUACAAAGUAUAAUCUAAAAACCUAGUUUAGAAAAUUUAAAAUCGGUACAAAGUUAAAAUCGGUUAAAAAAAUGAGGUUAAAACCACAAGCUAAAAUUGUGUAAAAAUAUACAAAUUAAAAAGGAAAGAAAAAUAUAAGAAAAUAAGGAAUAGAUCAAAAACGGGUGUGAUGUAAAUUCGAACAGAUGAUUAUUAGAAACGAGUAAGAAGUUGAAUUAGAAGAGGGCGAAAUUGAAUAAAAACGCCGAUAAGACAAAUUCGGUUAAGUCUCGACGUGGGUGUGUGUGCUGAAAAAUUUUAGUCUUCGCGAGUCGCUUUGGACUUGCAUUUAUUUACAGACUUCUUAAGACACCUCCGACAUUUGGAAGCGCUUUCAACGGUGGAGUAUAUCAGAUACUUUCUAAUCCUUCUCGUAAUUGACGUUUGAUUGGACUUUUCCGACCAUGAGGAGAGCCACCCAGCCACCUGCCCGCUGCGUGGUCAUGCAUUAAGCAGGCGGAGCCGCACAAAAAGCCUUUCCAGCAGAAAGCCGUACUCCCAACCACCCAACCGGCCUUCCACGCACCCCCACUAAGACCCCAGCACCCAACACACACAUGACCGCGUCAGAAGCGGCGAAACGAACGUGACACAUGGCGAUGUACUUUUAUGCCAGUAAGAUAUCUGCCAUCGCCUGCGGAACGCGCUGCCGCCAGACCGUGCUGCAGAAGUCGCGUGGGCAACGCGAUCGCGACAAAUGUCGUCAGCACAACCACCGGAGGCACCACCGCCGGCGGUGUCAAAUUAGCAGUGGCAGCAGCUCCGACAGCGAGUCUGCGGAUGACUGCUGUCCCGAAAGUGACCAAACGGCAGCAGUAUUAGAAGCAGGCCCAGAAGGCGGGCCAGGAGUGCAUCCCCUUGCCACUGAUGGCGGAAUUUUCUCGCUGGAUCCAGGACAUUUGGCAGCGGAGUCGGUACUCCUCGGGAGUGGCGGCAUUCGCUAUAGACGACGGCACAGCGCCGAGCAGUUGAGUGCCCACGACCUGGAAAUGGGGUUUCAGCAAAUGGAGCUUGGCACUUUAAAGCCCGUUGAAUCGAGGAACGAUGACACCGUUCAAUAUGAUGUGCCCAAAAAUCCGCACAAACGCAGCCAAUGUGAUAUUAAUUUUGAGAGCUCAGUUUUGGGGUCCGGUGGCAUUUUGUACAUAAAUGGUAAAACAGUUUCUGGGCCAUUGGACUCCCUGAUCGAAUCGCUUUUACCUAAAAAUGUCAUCGAUUUAGAUAAGGAAUUUGUAUUCUCGUUUUUACUGUCGUCCCGCCUGUUCCUGCGACCCCACGAGCUGCUGGGCAAACUCCUGGACUCGGUACCUGAAAGCGAAUGCUUAGAAUCAUUAGUUGCCCUUCUGACCGAGUGGGCCACCAAGUUUCCCUACGACUACCGGGAUGAGCGGAUGAUGAGCCAUGUCAAACAUAUCGUUGCCAGAUGUUCCAAUUCGCAUUUGGAAGCCGUUGUCUCCCAAACACUGAGUGCCUUACUAAAACGUUUGACUGAUUUAGAGAGACACGAGGCGGACCUUCGAGCCUGCCAGACCAAUGACAAGUCUGUAGCCAACACUCCACUCAAUUGUCCGACGGCCACGCAGUACGCACAAAUAGUAUGCCGGCUGGAGAAAAAACUGGCCAAGCACAUUGGCGGAGAGGAGUUCCUCCAGUGCAGCAGCAUGAUUCUGCUCGACAAGCAGAAGAAAUGGGACCAACCAUCCUCGUCGGGCGGACCGCCAGGAGCCCAGGAUCCAAAGAAGACGUGCAACCUGGAGACCUACCUGGAUUGGUCGGCACGUCUGCGUCUGUUUGUCUGCAAUGAGAUACUGCAGAGCGGCGGCAUCGAGCAGCGCAGCCGAACUGUGGAGCUCUGGAGCGGGGUGGCCCAAUACUGCCUGCUUGUGGGGAACUACAAUAGUGCCACCGCCAUUUUGGAGUCCCUGGAAUCUCCGGCCAUAGCCCGGCUUAAAAUAACGUGGAGCAAAUUGCAAGUGACGUGCCAACAAUUGGACUGCAUGCAGCGCCAUGCCGAGGGCCAUGGGCAUUUGUGGCAGAAGCAGGCCACCGUCUUAAACGAGCAACAGGAAGGACUCAAGACUGAUAAGCAGACCAAGGAGCGGAAAGAACCUCUGGAGGAAAAGACGAGUACAGGGGCAGCUGUCCCGGCUACAAAAGCUACUGGUGCCACGGCAUCCGAAGAAAAGCCCUCGAACAGUGAACGAAUGGCUGGCGUAACAGGAGCUGUCGAAAUAGCUUCCGUUCCUGCGGCUACUGGCAACAAUGACGGGGAGGCAGCAACAACAACAGCCACUCCAGCAGCAGCACCACCAUCCAACCCGACAACAGCAGCAAUUUCGGCCACACCAUUAGCAGCGAGUGGCAAGCCCAAUGAUUGGGUUGUUAUUCCGGUGUUUGCGGAUAUUGUUAAGCUGGCCCUGGGCGAGCGGGAGAACUGUUUGCAGCGCUUAGCAAAUGGCCACAUCAAUAUGGCAGCCUUCGAUCGCAUGGCGGCCAUUGUUGGGGCAUUCACCAAGCACAUGCAGGCGGUGAAGGCCGCCCAGGCGCCAUCUAGCGGGGAGUACGAGCACUUCUGCUGGCACAUGCAGCAAACAACGAAACUUGGCGAGGCGGAAUUAAUGAUGGCUUCAUUCGACUGCGAAGAACCAAAUAAUGCCGAAAAACUGAUGUACGACUUAAACUAGCCAUACAGGAUUAACUAUUUGUACCAUCUAACUAAUAAUACCGACUAAGAUUGCAUUUAAUGAUAAGUAAAUAAAUACUGUACAUACAUGGUAGUUCAAGCACGAUAAAAAAAAACUAAGUAGCUAAGAAUACAUAUAUUAAUAGAAAAACUAUACAAUAAGAGUUAAUGUAUGUGGACAAGGAUCAUGUGUAAACUAUCCAAUAAAAUGAAAAUAUUUGGAAUAAAAAUGCUUUUAUUCAAUCAAUCGUUUUCAAUCAAAAUGUUGUAGUUACAAUUUGAAUAUAUAAUUAUUUUGCGAAAAAAUUCCAUUCAAUGGAAAAGUUUGGUUUCUUUCAAAACGGAUUAAAAAUAAUUUUAGACCGAAAGCAUCUGUGCAAAUUUUGGAGCGAAAAAGUAUACAUAUUAUUCUCGAUAUUGAACUCCAGUGAACCACAUUAAAGGCAGAUAUUCGCAGAAUAUAUUUACAUUAUUUAUUUUA